ACUUAAGUGUCAUAUAAAAACUAUAAUAUUUUGAAUAAACUAAAUUAAAAGAUAUGUAAUAAUAUUUUGCGGCGAUGAAUUUUUAGAAUAAAUAAUACAAAACUUAAUAAAUCAUGAACAAAGACUAUAAUAUCUACCCAUCUAAUCAAACUCAACGUAUCGAAUGUUUCCUGCACGAUCUCAAUUAUCAGCUAAGGAUACUUACGCGAAAACAAGAAGAUGUUACAACAAUUUCGAUGAUUUUAAUAAAGGAAUUCUGUAAAUUUUUUUCAAUGCCGAUAACGGAUCAGAAAAGUGAUGAUGGUUUUGAGCAUCAAGUGACACAUAUUAAAAAGCUAAUAAGAGAUUUUGAAUUGAUAAGUACAGAUAGUCAUUUGUUUACCACAUUUAAUCAGCAAAAGUUGGAAAAGCCUAACUAUCUACAAGCAUUUGAACAACUUUAUAAAAAUGAUGUUUUUGAGAAAAGUCUGUUCCUAUUUUCGAAAGUCAAAGAAUCCUUUGAGAAAGUUAACACGUUCUUUGGAAAACUAAAAAAUAUAAAGCCUCGAAAUUCAGAUAUGAAUAAAUGCAUUAGUAAUGGCAUUAGAGAUAAAAUAAAUAAUUUAAAUCGAAUUCAAACUGAAUAAUAUCCUACAACAUCUUGGGAUUUUAACAGCUUGAAUAAUAUUAAUGUUGCUGUUCAAACUGAAAGUUUUCUUUCUGAGAGUGAUAUUGAAAAGGAUACCUCCUCCUGCUAUGCAUCCUGUUAUGGCAGCGAAAUGAGCCUCUAUAAGUUAAAGAGAGUAAAUGCUGACAUGAGU